UAUUUCUUCUGCUUGGUUCUUCUUCUUCGUCCAUAACGCGUUGAGAUAUUUUUCCCAAAUUCGAAGAAAACCCUAAUUCUCUGUUUGCUAAUUUCUCCGAUAGAUCUUAAUCGAAUUCCAGAGGACGCGUAGAGCAAAAUCGAUCAACAUGGGUAACACGGAUAAGCUAAUGAACCAAAUCUUCGACCUCAAAUUCACCUCAAAAUCUCUCCAAAGGCAGUCAAGGAAGUGCGAGAAGGAAGAGAAAGCAGAGAAACUCAAGGUGAAGAAAGCCAUCGAGAAGGGAAACAUGGAUGGUGCUCGGAUCUACGCCGAGAACGCCAUUCGUAAACGCAGCGAGCAGAUGAACUACCUCCGUCUCGCUUCUCGCCUGGACGCUGUUGUUGCGCGCUUAGACACUCAGGCUAAGAUGGCCACCAUCACCAAAUCCAUGACUAACAUCGUCAAAUCCCUCGAGUCUUCCCUCGCCACAGGCAAUCUACAGAAGAUGUCAGAGACUAUGGAUUCAUUUGAGAAGCAGUUUGUGAACAUGGAGGUCCAAGCUGAGUUCAUGGAGAACGCCAUGGCUGGUUCAACGUCAUUGUCCACUCCUGAAGGCGAAGUCAACAGCCUGAUGCAGCAGGUAGCAGAUGACUAUGGUCUUGAAGUCUCUGUUGGACUACCUCAGCCUGCUGGUCAUGCUAUCCCUACUGCGACAGAAGAGAGAGUCGGUGAGGAUGAUUUGUCCAGGAGGCUUGCAGAGCUCAAGGCCAGAGGAUGAGUCAGCGAAACCAACAACCAUAUGCUUUGGUCUAUCCGCCAUUUAGGACGAGGUCUUUAUGGAAACGUUACAGCUAUUAUCUGCUAAUACUGGCGCAUUUGUGUAUAUUUCUCACUUUGAGAUAUGCUUUGUUUAUAACUUUAUAUAUAAAAACCUUCUUUUGUGUUUAGCUUUUACCAUUGCAAUAAGAUGAUUUCCUUUUGAA